UUCGGCGAUGAGGGUCGGAGGGUGGGGAGCGGAGGAUUCCGGACCUUCGAGCUCGGAGACCGGAAACUGCUUUCUGCGGCCGGUGAAAGUCAGAAGGACGAGAGAUUUUCUGUUUGGGGGCUGGGGAGGGUCUUGGUCGUGGAGGUCCUGGGGUUCAGAGGUGGAUGGGCUUCGUUGGUGGUCCUAGCCAACCUUCUGGGCUGGGAAUUGGGAGCCGUGUUAGCCGUGUUUCGAGGGACCGGGAAGGAAUGGCCAAGUGUCUGAGGCUGUUACAGAGUUUUGAGGGAAGAGAAUCCUGGAGUUUGUGGCUGGAUGGGAUAAUGGGAAUUGUCGUAUGUGGUGUGAAGUGGAGGCGCAGGUGUCUGUGUUGGAUAGAGUCUGAUGCGCUGAGUGCUCCGAUGUUUGGCUGGUGAGCAUUUAGGGGAUGGCGAGGCCAGCUUGUGAUUGGGCUGGAAGGCCACCCUCGGGGCAGGCGCAGCUUGGACGUUUGGUGCUGGAAAUCUGAGGACUUCCUGGUUGGCUUCUAGAGGAGGCGUAGGGAACCGUUGUGUCCAGAGGCUGGUGGGGGAGGGAAGGAUGCUGUGCUGGACAAAGGACCUGAGGUUUAGAGCGGGGAAAACUCUUGUGUGCCCAGAGAGUAGAAGUGGGAGCCCCAGAGAAGUAGCAGAGACCGUCUUCCUCAGCCAGCAGUAGUCCCAGGGGAGAAAAGUGGUUAGGGUAGAUCUGCAGUUGUCUUUAGAGAGGAGACCUUGGUGUGGGUGGGAGCGAAUCUGGAGUUAGAAAAGGGCAGUUGUCUAGCAGGACUGGAAAAUGGGGGACUGGAGAAUUUAAAGAGUAAGCACAAAGGACUCUGGCAUCCAGAGUUUGUAGUGUUUCUCUGAAAAGAGGGCUUGGGGCUAAGGGAAUGAGGAAAGAGAUGAGGUCACAUAAGAGACUAGAUUUGGGGUUGGUAUUGGAUAUGCGUUCAUGAGAAAUAGGGUCUCAUGGAGGGCAGCAAUUCAAGUGUACAUUUAGGGUAGACAGUGGCCUAGGGACUGUCAGGACCUAGGUGCUAGGAAAAAACUUCACAGUGCAAACACUUGUGAGGGAAGGGAGUGGCUGUGUGUGUGUGUGUGUGUAGAGUAGGAAGGACUGUGGCAGGAAUACCUAGGAAGAGGAGCUGUGGGACAGUCCUGACCCAGUGUUCUGGCCAGAGAUGCCAUGGACAAUAUUACCAGGCAGAAUCAAUUCUAUGAGACCCAAGUCAUCAAGCAAGAAAACGAAUCAGGCUAUGAGAGGAGACCACUGGAAAUGGAGCAGCAGCAACAGGCCUAUCGCUCAGAAGUGAAGACAGAGAUAAAGCAAGAAGCACCCACCAGCUUCUUCCCACCCGAAGCUUCUCAACUCAAGCCAGACAGACAACAAUUCCAGAGUCGCAAGAGGCCUUAUGAAGAAAACCGGGGACGGGGGUACUUUGAGCACCGAGAGGAUAGGAGGGGCCGCUCUCCUCAGCCUCCCGCUGAAGAGGAUGAAGAUGAUUUUGAUGAUACCCUUGUUGCCAUUGACACAUAUAAUUGUGACCUCCACUUCAAAGUGGCUCGAGAUCGGAGUAGUGGCUAUCCACUCACAAUUGAGGGCUUUGCAUACCUGUGGUCAGGAGCCCGUGCCAGCUAUGGUGUUAGAAGGGGCCGCGUGUGCUUUGAAAUGAAGAUCAACGAGGAAAUCUCUGUGAAGCACCUUCCAUCUACAGAGCCUGACCCCCACGUUGUUCGUGUUGGCUGGUCCCUGGACUCCUGCAGCACCCAGCUAGGUGAAGAGCCUUUUUCCUAUGGCUAUGGAGGCACUGGGAAGAAAUCCACCAAUAGCCGGUUUGACAACUACGGAGACAAGUUUGCAGAGAAUGAUGUGAUUGGCUGCUUUGCGGACUUUGAAUGUGGAAAUGAUGUGGAACUGUCAUUUACCAAGAAUGGGAAGUGGAUGGGCAUUGCCUUCCGAAUCCAGAAGGAUGCUUUAGGGGGUCAGGCCCUCUACCCUCAUGUACUGGUGAAGAAUUGUGCAGUGGAGUUCAACUUUGGGCAGAGGGCAGAGCCCUACUGUUCGGUCCUCCCAGGGUUUACCUUCAUCCAGCACCUUCCCCUUAGUGAGCGGAUCCGGGGCACCGUUGGACCAAAGAGCAAGGCAGAAUGUGAGAUUCUGAUGAUGGUAGGCCUCCCUGCUGCUGGCAAGACCACAUGGGCCAUUAAACAUGCAGCCUCCAACCCUUCUAAGAAGUACAACAUUCUGGGCACCAAUGCCAUCAUGGAUAAAAUGCGGGUGAUGGGCCUACGUCGGCAGCGGAACUAUGCUGGCCGCUGGGAUGUCCUGAUCCAGCAGGCCACCCAGUGCCUCAACCGCCUUAUCCAGAUCGCUGCCCGCAAGAAACGCAACUAUAUCCUAGAUCAGACAAAUGUUUAUGGGUCAGCCCAGAGACGAAAAAUGAGACCAUUUGAAGGCUUCCAGCGCAAAGCUAUUGUAAUUUGUCCCACUGAUGAAGACCUGAAAGACCGAACAAUAAAGCGAACUGACGAGGAAGGGAAGGAUGUCCCUGAUCAUGCGGUCUUAGAAAUGAAAGCCAACUUCACCUUGCCAGAUGUUGGGGACUUCCUGGAUGAGGUUCUCUUCAUUGAGCUGCAGCGGGAAGAAGCAGACAAGCUGGUGAGGCAAUACAAUGAGGAAGGCCGCAAGGCUGGGCCACCCCCUGAGAAGCGCUUUGACAACAGAGGUGGUGGCUUCCGGGGCCGUGGGGGUGGUGGUGGCUUUCAGCGCUACGACAACCGAGGCCCCCCUGGAGGCAACCGAGGAGGCUUCCAGAACCGAGGAGGAGGCAGUGGUGGAGGAGGCAACUACCGAGGAGGUUUCAACCGCAGUGGAGGAGGUGGCUAUAGCCAGAACCGCUGGGGUAACAACAACCGGGAUAAUAACAACUCCAAUAACCGAGGCAGCUACAACCGGGCUCCCCAGCAACAGCCGCCACCACAGCAACCGCUGCCACCACAACCACCACCCCAGCAGCCUCCACCACCGCCCAGCUACAGCCCUGCUCGGAACCCCCCAGGGGCCAGCAGCUACAACAAGAACAGCAGCAUCCCUGGCUCAAGCGCCAAUACCAGCACACCCACCGUCAGCAGUUACAGCCCUCCACAGCCGAGUUACAGCCAGCCACCCUACAACCAAGGAGGUUACAGCCAGGGCUACACAGCCCCACCACCACCACCUCCGCCACCACCUGCCUACAAUUAUGGGAGCUACGGCGGCUACAACCCAGCCCCUUACACCCCACCACCGCCCCCCACUGCACAGACCUAUCCUCAGCCCAACUAUAACCAGUAUCAGCAGUACGCCCAGCAGUGGAACCAGUACUAUCAGAACCAGGGCCAGUGGCCACCAUACUACGGGAACUACGACUAUGGGAGCUACUCCGGGAAUACACAGGGUGGCACAAGCACACAGUAACCAGUGUGCCUCAGAGGCUCCCGGAGGCCCCUGCCGGCAUCCUCCACCAGCGCCUGCCUUGGCCCCUCCUCUACUCCCACUAGGUCCUGUGGUGCUGGGGAUGGGGUCAUCCCAGGGCUGCCUCCCUCUAGCCCACUGCCUCCCCUCUGAGGGGCUUCUUUCCCCCACACAGGGCCAGGCAUUUUUUUCUCUGGAUUCAAACAGGAAACAAUGACCUUUUAUUUUCUGUUACUCUCCCCUUAACCCUCCAACUUCCCACCCCCUGUUCUUCCUACUUUCUUCCUUUUGACUAAAUAAUUCCACCCCCUCCUUGGUCAUACAGUGAGGCUAUGGUGACUGAGGGGAGACCUCUUUCUUAUUCACUCAUCCCAACCUUGCUCCAGCCCCUCGGCUUCCCAAACCUUCAUGCAGUUGGUUGUAAAUUCUUCCAGGAGCUGUUUUACUGUCAACUUUUCAGGAUUAAAAAAAAAAAGAUCAAAAACUUAAAAAAAAAAAGUUUAAAAAGAAAUGCGGAGGGAGGAAGCAGUGACAUAUUUUUUUGGUAAUUAUGCUUUUUUUUAAUUUUUAGAAUUUGUCUGUUUUUACUGUGGGUCGGCUGUUGAUAUUUUUCAUCAAGAUAACCAUUUCUUUGCUGAGUUCAGGUGACCGAGGAAGAGCCACACCCUCAACAAAACAAAACACACACAAAACAAAACCACAGAAUCAUUAACCUAACUUUUUAUACAAUGUCUCAGUUCCCCAUAACUUUGCACACAAGCUUCUGUGUUCAGUUGAAUUGUAACUGCUUUUUGUAUUGGAGAGAGUGUGACUAUUGAACUUGAAACCUUUUAUUCCAGGCGUCUUGGUAGUUUCUGGUGGGGAUUAAGUGGGUGAGAGGGAAGAAGGGGAGGUGGGGGAGGCUACUUCCCUUUAGAACAUGAAGUUUCUCCCGCUGCCUCUUCAUUGGUCUCCCAGGUGCCGGACCCAAAAGUUUUUCCCUCAUUGAUCCUCUGAUUAUUUUUACUUCCCCUUGACCCAUAUGUUUUAACAGGAUUUUAACAAACUGCACUUAUUAAGAAAUUGUGUUUUUGCCCUGUUUUGUUUUGUUUUCUUUCAAUAAAUGACAUGGCACCUCCUA